CAGGUGCCUGGCUGCAGCAAGCCAUGCAGUAAGCCAUGCCCCGGCCAGGACAGCCCCGCCCAUCAUCUGGGCCACCAUGCUUGGGACCCUGGGAGCGGCCAGUGGCUUAUGAUAAGCCACCCCAGCCUCCUCCUGGCCGUCGCACCCGUAGGCCAGACCCCAAGGACCCUGGCCACCAUGGGCCGGAGAGUAUCACCUUCAUCUCUGGCUCUGCGGAGCCCGCCGCUGAGCCCCCGGCCUGCUGCCUGCUCUGGCGCCCCUGGGGAUGGGACUGGUGCCGGGCUGCCUUCUGCUUCCGCCGCUGCUGGGAUUGUCUGCAGCGCUGCGGGGCCUGCGUACGGGGCUGCAGCCCCUGCUUGUCGGCAGAGGACUCCACCGAGGGGGCUGCUGAGGUCCACUGGGCCAAGGAGCACAAUGGUGUGCCCCCCAGCCCUGACCGGGCACCCCCCAGCCGCCGGGAUGGCCAGCGCCUCAAGUCCUCCAUGGGCAGCAGCUUCAGCUACCCUGACGUCAAGCUCAAGGGCAUCCCGGUGUACCCUUACCGCAGCGCCACCUCCCCAGCCCCCGAUGCGGACUCUUGCUGCAAGGAGCCACUUGCUGACCCCCCUCCCAUGCGCCACAGCCUGCCCAGCACCCUGGCCAGCAGCCCUCGGGGCUCGGAGGAGUACUACUCCUUUCACGAGUCAGACCUGGACCUGCCGGAGAUGGGCAGUGGCUCCAUGUCCAGCCGGGAGAUCGACGUGCUCAUCUUCAAGAAGCUGACAGAGCUGUUUAGCGUGCACCAGAUCGACGAGCUGGCCAAGUGCACGUCUGACACAGUGUUCCUGGAGAAGACCAGUAAGAUUUCUGACCUGAUCAAUAGCAUCACCCAGGACUACCACCUGGACGAGCAGGAUGCCGAGGGCCGCCUGGUGCGGGGCAUCAUCCGGAUCAGCACACGGAAGAGCCGUGCCCGCCCACAGGCCAGAGCUGCCACCCCUGCCGCCGCCGCCGCCCCUGACAGUGGCCAUGAGACCAUGGUGGGCUCCGGGCUCAGCCAGGAUGAACUAACAGUGCAGAUCUCUCAGGAGACGACAGCAGAUGCUAUUGCCCGGAAGCUGAGGCCGUAUGGAGCCCCAGGGUACCCAGCCAGCCAUGAUUCGUCCUUCCAAGGCACCGACACAGACUCCUCAGGAGCCCCCCUGCUCCAGGUGUACUGCUAACCCCUACUGACCCCAGCAACUCGCCCCUCCUGGGAGAAGCAUAUCCUACAGCACAGAGGGCCCAGAGUCCCUUUGAGCUCACACAGAACCAGGAACUCAGGAGCAGUGCCCACUCCCACACCUCCUUUGGUUGACUGGUUCCUGGACCACUGCAUUUCACAGGGCCAUAGUGCCCACAUUCCCUACAUCCCCAGCUGGCCUGAUCCCUCCUCCCUGGGCCUGUUCCUGUGGCUGACCACCAAAAGCAAAGACUUGGGAGUUACAUCCCCAUAAUGCAUCACCCUAAAGCAAUCAUGGAAACUGUAAAAGACAUUUAUGUGGCCUGGGUUGGGGGUUGGUAGGGCCUGUUUGAAAUUCUGUGGGCAGUGCCCGCUCAUUAUGCUCCGAUUCUACAUGUUAACAUGAUUAUAGCUUCAAGUACAA